CACCGCCUUCCCAAGACCGUCGCCCAGGGGGCCCCUGAACCUAGGCUGGGACAAAGUUGACAACGCACUCACUACCUAUCUUAAAGGAAAAUUCCCCGGUCUGUCCUCUUCCCGGGGUCACGGCAGUUCCUCUUUCCCAUUCCUCCUCCCCGUUCACGGCCAUCGUCGCCCGUCGCCCAGUCGCAAUGGCGCCAAAAUCAUCGUCCACCCCCGGCUCCAGCGGGUUCAGCGGCUGGCUCAAGUUCUUCGCCAUCCUGCUCGGUGUGAUGACCCCGGUCUACUACCUUCUCGACCAGAACCUGGAGCGCUUCUACAUCUUCAAGCUGGACCAGCUCCAUGACGUCGCGAAACGUGGCAUCGAGACGUAUGGCAACGACACGCGCGCCAUCGUGCGGCACAUUGUCGAUGAGCUGAGCGGCCAGGUCAGCCUGACGAGCUACAUCAACCAGGACGAGGAAUGGAUCUUCAACAACGCCGGCGGCGCCAUGGGCGCGAUGUACAUCAUCCACGCCAGCGUAACCGAGUACCUGAUCAUCUUCGGCACGGCGGUCGGCACCGAGGGCCACACGGGGCGGCACACGGCCGACGACUACUUCCACAUCCUGACGGGCACGCAGCUGGCGUACGUGCCGGGCGAGUACGAGCCCGAGGUGUACCCGCCGAGCUCGGUGCACCACCUGCGGCGCGGCGAUGUGAAGCAGUACAAGAUGCCCGAAAGCUGCUUCGCGCUCGAGUACGCGCGCGGCUGGAUCCCGCCCAUGCUCUUCUUCGGCUUCGCCGACGGCCUGUCGAGCACGCUGGACCUGCCCACCAUGUGGCGGACGGUCUGGGUGACGGGAAAGCAGAUGCUGGGGAACCUGGCGCGGGGCAAGUUCUGAUCCUCGGGGGCUCUAGCUCUUGCAGAGGGGACUGGGGUCCCGGGAUGUUGGGUAUUGAAGGAAAGGACUUCAGGGAGAAGAGAAGGCGGGCCACUCGAUACCAACCAGCCAUUGGGUCGCACGAUAGAGAGUGCUGUCCCUGCUCUUUUGGAGUCAGAUAUUAGACGGUUAGACCUAGACGGGUUGGAUGGGUAAAGGCCCAUCGGCAUAUGGAGGCCAUCCAUGUAUCUAGACUUAGAGGGCCAUCUAAUCUGUAAUGAAUUGCUCACGGGCCGUCAACGGCUUGAGAGAGCAUGCGAUCGUCCCGGAUCAACUUCCAGCGCAACUCUGCUAACUCCCCUGCCGCCAGGCUUGCUCAACGGUAACAAUACUGG